CGACACUAGCGUUAGUUCAGUCCAGACAUGUGGCCAAAUUCUAUGAUGCUAUUGCGGUUAAGCAAGACAAGUCUAUUGUAGACUGUCGUGAGUAGGGUUUAAACCGAGCAUUAACCGGGCAUUUUAUGUGUUUGUAAGUGAAACCGUAUGUUUAAUUUAAAAAUAUUUCAGUUGUAAACCGUAUACUUUGCAACGGAGCAACGAACUGUCAGAAAGGCCUACAGAGAGUAUGACAGCGUAAGAUAUUUCUUCGAAAGAAAUCGUAUUUAUUUAUUGUGUGUGUGUGUGUGUUUUUUUUACAGCUCGGUCACAAUGUUUUCCACUGCUCUUCUGAGUCAGAUCAUCCUCGCACUCUUCUGCCAGGCAUUUUGUUUUGAGCCUACAGAGGAGGACUUGAAGUGUUUUAAUGACUAUGAGACAGAAAUGAAAUGCAGUCUCUCCACUGACCGUCUCAAAAGCUGCUCUGGAUACAAGCUCAACAUCACACAUACUGUAUUCAAUAUGUUUCAAAAAAUGUAUGCAUGUAUCUUUGAGAGAAGUAAUCACAGUGACAACUGUGAGUGCAAAAUUAAAGUGCAAGAUUUUCUUUUAAAUGAAAACUUCACUAGUACACUUCUGGAAGGAACAAAUGUUUUAUCAAGCAAAACAUUCAAGACUGAAGACUUCAUCAAACCGAAAACUCCAGUCUUAUCAGUGCAGAAGACUGCAAAUGGAAACUUUAAUGUAACUUGGGAUGACCAGUAUGAAAUAAGAGUUUUGGAAGAUUUGAGAAUAAAUCUGACCUAUGGCAUCAAAGGAGGACAUGAAAAUAUAUCCAAGACGGUGCCGAACACUGUGGGAUCCUUUGAAAUUAUGGGCAAAAAUCUCCAGCCAAAUACCAACUACAUUCUGACAGCAACAAUGAGCACAGACUAUAAUGAUCAUAGUAUAUCUAGUGACCAGAGCGCACCAGUUGAGUUCACCACAUCCUCAUCCCCAGAUGAAAUAGCCAAAAUGGUGAUUCCACCUCUCUGUGUUGGUUUAAUCAUCAUCAUUUGUGUUAUCUUCAUCUGCAUUUUGAGAAUGAAGAUGAAUUGGUGGGACAAAAUCUCCAAGCCAAAAAUAGAUGCCAAUCUUGGAGAGGAGAAGGGUCAUAUAUUGCCUCCAUCUGUUAUGAAGUUCUCCCCAAUCCAUGUAGAGAUUACAACACUCGACCUUCAUGAGGAUAAGAAAUUGUAUCAGGGCUUCAGUGUUUUGGAAAAGGGAAAUGAUGCAGAUGUUUGUGUCAACCUUUCAGAUGAUGUUGGUGCUGAUGAGAAGUGUAUCAUGAAGAAACUUAUCACCUGCACAAAUCCACUCUAUCCUUUGAAAUUCCCCCAGAGCACCGGCCAAGAUCCCACAUCUGUGCAGCAAAGUUCUUGGGCCACUUCUUUGCAUUUCCCACCCGUUAUUCAAAUAGACAGUUCAUAUCAGUGUGUUUAACUGUGCUCUAAAAGCAAAUGCUAAAUACUUUUUUUUUUUUUCAAGUGAAAUGCGUUGAAAAAUUCAGACCAGCAAGAGCAGUAAGAGCUAUCUUUUAAAUACUAAUUCUUUCUUUAGACUCCAAAACCUUGAAUUUGAAAGUCACACUUUGGACAAUAAGAGGUUGUAUGGCAUCUCAUGCUUAAAGAUGUCAUGUGUUACUAUUUUGACAUGAUUCUGUAUACUUUUAUUGUUUGGUGCACAUUGAGAGUUACAUAUGUUGGUGUAAAAUUUAAAGUUAAUAUUAUUUU